AAGAUAUUUAAUUUAUCUAAUUUUAUUAAUUUAAAAUUAGUUAGAGUGUUGGGAGACAUUAGCUUAUUGGCUAAUGCUUUGCUGGGUCCAGUGACUCUAGUCAUGUCGAGCUAACCCAACGUGGCUGACCAGACCAGCCCACGAAACACUCCGCCAUGAAGUUGUCACUCGGCAGUAGUGAUUCUAUUGUCUUGGUCCUCGUCUCUUUUUCAAUUGCAGCUUCACAAUUGGGAGAUAAAAAAUGGGUCACAUCGCAUUCGUACUCCUCUUCUACCACCACUAAGCAAAGGACCAAAUACGUUCGGGUCAAAGUCUACACCGUCCAAGCCGCCGCCUAAGCCACUGCCACAGCCACCGACUCCGUUUUGGUAUCCACUACUCAUUUUCUUUUUUCUUUUCAUUUUCGUUUGAAAGAGUGGAUCUUGGGUGUGCACACUUGUUUUAUAUCUCGGAAUGCACGCCAUAUU